AUGGACGUCGAGACAGCAAAGCAGCAGGCGCCUGCCGUCGCCUCGCCACUCGAGGAUAAGCCGACUCACGAUGCGCCGGAAGCCGGCCGUGGUACCCUCAAGACGUUGUUCCGCAAGGCUCUUGUCUCUGGUCGUGUAGAGGAGCGCGGUGUCGAGCCCAUCGCCCUCGAGGAGCGCAACUCGACGCGCUACUUCAACUGCUUUACCAUCUGGUUUUCCAUCAACUUCAACAUUCUGCCUAUCACUUUUGGUCUCAUUGGCCCCAAGUACAGUGGUCUCAGCUUCCGUGACUCUGUCCUCAUCAUUGUCUUCGUUAUCCUCUUCGUCACUUUGGCCCCCGCCUACAUGGCAACUCUGGGUCCCAAAACUGGCAUGCGACAGAUGAUCCAAGCUCGAUUCAGCUUCGGCCCUUACCUUGUCGCCAUCCCCGUCAUCCUGAACCUGGCCACGCUCACCGGCUUCUGCAUCAUCAUGUUUGUCGUGGGCGGUCAGUGCAUCUCGGCCGUCACUGACGGCGCGCUAACACCGACCCUCGGUAUCGUGCUGAUAUCUCUUCUCGCUCUGACCAUCUCCUUCUGCGGCUACAAAAUUCUGCAUUUUUAUGAGACCUAUGCCUUCAUCCCGGCACUGAUCGCUAUUGUCAUCGCCACUGGUACCGGCGGCUCUAAGCUACAUGAGCGUGUCGAGGUCCCGACGGCCACGGCCCCACAGGUCCUAAACUAUUGCAUGAUCAUCGCCUCGUACAUGAUCCCCUGGGCCUGCAUCGCCUCCGAUCUGACGACCUACUUCAGCCCCUCAGCCCGUGGAGCGUCUUUCCGCGUCUUCGCAUACAGUUACCUCGGUCUCAUUCUACCAGCCAUUCUCCUCAUGACCCUCGGUGCCGCUAUUGGGAGUGCCAUUCCCAAUGUGCCGGCGUGGAGCGCCGCAUAUGACGAGACUCUUGUCGGCGGUGUCUUGGCCGCCAUGCUUGAGCCCGCUGGCGGCUUUGGCAAGUUUGUCGUCGUCAUCCUGGCCUUCACUUUGCUCGGCAAUGUUGCUGGCACAAUGUACGCGGUCACCCUCAACUUCCAGACAGUCGCACCAGUCUUCUCGCGCGUUCCGCGAUACAUCUACGCCAUUGUUGUUACGGCCAUCAUGAUCCCCGUCGCCAUCAAGGCCGCUGACGACUUUUUCCUGAGCCUCGAAAACUUUGUGGCUGUCAUCGCCUACUGGUCUGCCGCCUUCAUCGGCAUCGUCCUGGUAGAACACUUUGUCUUUCGCAAGGCCAAUUACAAGGCAUACAACCAUGACGAGUGGAACGAUGCAUCGAGGCUGCCGAGCGGACUCGCUGCCAUUGGCGCAGGGUUUCUGAGCUUUGGCCUCAUCAUCCCCUGCAUGGACCAGGCAUGGUACACUGGGCCGAUUGCAAAGACGACGGGCGACUUGGGCUUCGAGGUGGCCUUUGUGCUAAGCUCUUUGCUCUAUCUCCCGCUGCGAUAUGCUGAGAAGCGUGUGCUGCAGAGGUAG